CCAUAUUUUUAGAUUCGCUGAUGAAUCUAUCUUUCAAUUUAAUACCGAAUACAUUGGGCCGGAUUUUGAGGAACAAUUUAAGAAUGACAAUGGAAACGGUCAAGCAAAACGCCGAGAUUGCGAAGCAGACCAUUUCGGCUCUCAAAAGUGAGCUCUCAGUCUUGAACAAUGAAUAUAACGUACUCAGGGCGCAGCAGCUUCGCGAGGAGAACGCAAAACUGCUGGCAGCAGUUGAAAUGGCCAAAAAGAGGCUGAUCAGCUUGGAAGUAUCAAAUGGAGUGAAGCAGAUCGCUAUCCCAACACAGAACCUCUGUGUUAAAGUUGAUACAGUUGAACAACCAGCAGCUGUUGAACAACCACAGAAGGCUGCUGAAGUUAAAGAGUCCAAGCCUAAGAAAGAGAAGAAACCUGCAAAGGAGAAACCAGCACCUGCUCCUGAAGCUCCAGUUGAUGUAGGAAGAUUAGACUUAAGAGUUGCCAAAAUUGAAGAUGUCCAAAGGCAUCCAGAUGCUGAUUCAUUGUAUUUAUUGAAAAUCAAUUGUGGUGAAGAAAAACCAAGAAAUGUCUGCUCUGGUUUAGUCAAGUUUGUGCCUAUGGAUGACCUAAAGGAUAGGUCUGUUGUCCUUUUGUGCAAUUUGAAACCUGUUAAGAUGAGGGGUGUAACUUCAGAAGCCAUGGUAAUGUGUGCCAGCACACCUGAGAAGGUAGAAGUUCUAUUACCACCUGCAGAUUCCAAACCUGGAGAUCAUGUUCAUUGUGAUGGUUACACCAGGCAACCUGAUGCUGUUAUGAAUCCAAAGAAAAAGAUCUUUGAGACUGUAGCCCCAGAUUUGCACACAAAUGACUCAUUGCAAGCUUGUUACAAGGGAAUCCCAUUCACAAUUCCUGGCAAAGGAAUGAUAGUUUCCCAAACUUUGAAAAAUGUUUCUGUUAAAUAGAUUCAGCAACAAAAAAAAGUGAAAACAAAAUAAAUU